AGUCUUGUCUUGGACAGUACGUAAACCCCUGACGCCGAACAUCGUUGGCACCAAGCCAAGCAAGUCGGGUGCGUCAUAUGACCCGGAAAAGGUGGUCCGCCUUGGUUUGCGUACAAAGUCCACGUACCUCGCCCUUGUUUGCACUGUUAAUAAUGGAUCCUUUGUAACUAUACUCAUCCCAGUCCAUUCUUAUAACGCAGUCGUCUCUCGUGUGUUGUUGAUACGUCCAUUCACUCGUCACGAAAUUAUCUCGAAAUCGCCACUUUCACCCUCACUUCGCUCCGUCAUACCUUCACCAACGUUUCAACAAAAUGCCUUCGAUUGCCCACCUCCAGAAGCGUGUCGACCUUGAGCAAGGUGGACUCACUGGAACGGCUUGGGCACUCAUAAUAUGCGUCUCUAUUGCACCAGCGAUAAUCCUGCUCGGGACUACCCUUUACCUACUGUUGGUGUACCCCUACGCCAGCCGAAGCUGCUGUUGCGGACGGAAAAAGAACAAGGCAGCCCAGUCAGCGGAUAUGCUUCAACAGCCGGAAAACAAUAACCCGGACAACCUGUGGAACAACUACUCGUACACGAUCCCCCAACGACCAGCAACCACACCCAAGGCGGCGGAACCAGGACACUCGACGGAGCUUGGAGGCGGACGAUUGACCAAGUCCAGACCUGCGACCGCGAAGCAUGACAUGAGGAUGUCGACGCAGAGCUCGCAGAGCUUCAACACUGUUCAGGGUGUGCAUGAACCAAAGCCGUUCGUCUGAGAGGCGCCGAGCCUGCAAGAUUUUAUUACGUUCAAAAUGGGCUUGAGGGUUCCUCUCGCUCCGCAUUCCGGCAGCACCCUGCGCUCAAAAGUGUAUACGUUGCCUG